CUGCAUGUUGCUGCUGUUGGCUUUUUGCAUUUUUAUGAGGACUGAGCUGAGGUGCUUCUUCUACUGUCUCCUCAACAUACUGCUGAUUCUUCUAUGGGCUCAGAUUGAGGUGCAGUGUCCAGUUCACUCAGAGUAAAGAGGAGAGAGGAAGAUGCCAGCACCGCCUCCCCCUCCACCCCCAGGCCCUCCCCCUCCUCCCACCUUGGCCCUGGCCAAUACAGAGAAACCAAAUCUAAACCGCUCAGAGCAGCAAGGAAGGAACGCGCUGUUAUCUGACAUUUGUAAAGGUGCCAAACUAAAGAAAGCCGUCACCAAUGACCGCAGUGGACCUGUACUGGACAAACCCAAAGGAGGUGGAGGAGGAGGAGGAGGAGGAGGAGGUGGAGGUUUUGGUGGCGGAGCUCCUGCUGGUUUGGGAGGCCUGUUCCAGGGAGGAAUGCCAAAACUGAGGUCUGCAGCAAACAGAGACACCAACGACUCGGCACCCAGCCGAUGCCCGGUGCUCCCGCCAGGAGGCCGCUCCUCUGGCCCAAGCCCAUUCACUGGUGGUGGAGUCUCUGCCGGCCCUCCUAAGCUCCCUUCAGCACCUGCUGGUUUUCGUGGUAAUGUGCCAGACCUCCCGAAGGGUCGCCCUAAUUUCUCAUCGAGACCAGACACUCCAGGAGGUCCUCCACCUCCCGUACCAAACACCCCUCGACCAAACCAGAACUUUCCCUCACGUGGAGGCAUGGCUCCACCCUCCAUCCCUGCAGCACCCAGACCUGCUCCAGCAUCUGGACCUACACCUCCCAGUCUUCCAUCAGGGAGGCAUGGACCUCUGCCUCCACCACCCGUAGGCUCCUCAGCCGGGCCGAGACCAGGUUUUUCUUCACUUCCUCCUCCACCAACAAAUGGUAGUCGGCCACCUUUACCACCUGCUCCUGGAGGAAGACCCCCACUUCCUGAUGACCGCCCCCCUCCACCUCCAGCUCCUGCGGGAGGACAUCGGCCAGCUAUGCCCCGCGAUAUGCCCCCUCCUCCUCCUUCUGUCAACUCCAAGCCUUCCUCCUUUUCUUCAUCCUCUCGUUCUUCAGCUGGUGGCGGAGCACCUCCUCUCCCGCCAGGUCGACCAGGCCCACCUCCUCUCCCACCCACGCCAACUGGAGGGGAUGACCAUAGUACCCCUAGACUACCCCAAAGGAACCUCUCUCUCAACAGCCAUUCUCCAGCACCCUCACAUGGGCGGGCAGGGCCCCUGCCUCCGCCGCCCAAUGAGAGACCGCCUUCUUUGGGAAGGAACCAGACUUCAGGGCGAACAGGCCCGCUCCCUCCACCUCCUCCCACAGGUCGCAGUGUGGCCCCAGGCAGCGUGAGGUCAACACAGGCUCCUUCUCCUAUUGGUCGGCCAGGCCCGGAGCCACCUCGCGGUGGACCUGGUGGUAGACCGCCCCUCCCUCCAGACAGGCCCGGGAUAGGAAGUGCUCCCCCUCCUCCACCACCACCCAUGGGUAACGGCUUCCAAAACUCUCAUCACCAAAUACAGGAUGAGUGGGAGAGUCGCUUUACUUUCCACCCAGUGUCAGACCUUCCUCCCCCUGAGCCCUACAUGCCUUUCCAGAAAACGUACCCCAGCAAAGCCACCAAGACUGACGGCAGAGGUUCAGGUAAAAAAGAGAGAGGGGCUCCUCCUCUUCCUCCUAUACCCAGGUGAAGGCGAGUUUGCAGCCGUCACACCUGGAACUAUUUUGUGCGUUUCUGUCUCCGUGUGUUUGUUUCGUGCUCAUUGUGCUUUGACCUGCAUAAUGUGGUUCAUGUACAGACUUUAAUGGUAAAAAUGGACCUGAAGGACUAUUUGUUGACCAAGUAAAAGGACAAACUGGAUGAGCCUCUGCAGCAGCAGAACCACAGCAUGUAAAGGACCAAAGGCUCUUUAUGCUCCAGUAUAUUUAAAAAAAAAAAGAGGUACAUCUAUAAGCACGAGGGGGGAAAAAAUGUUUUUGCUU